AUGAUCACAGAGCUUGGAAGAUCAAUAACAAACACUUUAUCUAACCUCCUGAGUUCACACACCACAGACCAGGACAUCGACACAGCAAUAAAAGAAAUAUGCAACUCGCUGAUUCUUUCGAAUGUGAAUCCAAAGUAUGUGAACGAUUUGAAAAACUCGCUAAGAGCGGAGCUGGAUCCAAAAGGGAUGCCACCGGGAUUCAACAAAGCAAAGAUGGUUCAGAACGCCGUAUAUGAGAGGCUGGUUGAUCUUCUGGAUCCAAAGACUGAAGGAUACAAAAUCGAGAAGGGAAAGACAAAUGUUGUUGUGUUUGUAGGACUUCAGGGUUCUGGAAAGACAACCAGCAUAUGCAAGUAUGCCAACUUUUACAAGAAAAAGGGAUACAAGGUUGGAAUAGUGUGUGCAGACACGUUUAGAGCAGGUGCAUUUGAUCAGGUUAAGCAGAAUGCUUUGAAGAUCAAGGUUCCAUUCUUCGGGAGUUCCGAGGUAGACCCUGUAAAGGUUGCAGGGGCUGGUGUGGAAAGAUUCAGAAAGGAGAAGUUUGAACUCAUCCUUGUCGACACAAGUGGAAGGCAUACGCAGGAGAGCGAGCUGUUUCUGGAGAUGAAAGACAUUAUUAGGGAGGUUGGCCCAAACAGUAUUGUAUUUGUGAUGGAUGCCGGGAUAGGGCAGUCUGCAGAGGAUCAAGCGGUUGGGUUUAAAAGGGCGGUGGAUGUUGGGUCUAUACUGCUUACGAAGAUUGAUGGGACAAGCAAGGCAGGAGGAGCAUUGAGUUCUGUGGCAGCAACAAAAUGCCCCAUUGAGUUUGUCGGUACCGGAGAGGGCAUGGAAGAUCUCGAGAUGUUUGAUGCAAGAAGGUUUGUGUCACGGAUGCUUGGGAUGGGAGACGUUGAAGGACUAAUGGAAAAAGUUGGAAGUCUCGGGAUUGACGAGAAGGAGGUUGUUAAGAAGCUGAAGCAAGGGAGGUUUACUCUUGGAGACUUCUAUGACCAAUUCCAGAAGAUUCUGAGUCUUGGGCCAAUUUCAAAGCUACUUGAAAUGAUACCAGGGUUUUCUGGGCUUUCUCUACCUGACGAGGAGUCUUUCAAAAAGCUCAUAUAUGUAUUUGAUUCUAUGAGCCGUGGAGAGCUGGACUCCACAGGACAAAUCUUUGAAAGAGAGCCAACUAGGGUUGUGAGAGUGGCCAGAGGAAGCGGAACAUCUGUCCAGGGUGUGACUGAGAUUCUUUCACAGUUUAAGAAAGUUCAUGCAAUGAUGCAAAAGUUCAGUUCCAUUCCCGGGAUUGAAAAUAUGAUGGGAAACCCAUCGUCCAUAAGCUUAUCUCAAAAAGCAAAGUUGAAAGAGCAAGCAAAAAAUAUUCUACCAAAGGACCUUCUCGAUCGCAUGAGCUCGAUGUUCUGA